AUGAACAACCUUUUAGUUUACAGAACGCUGUUAAUAAAAUUCGCGUUUUCGUCGUUACUAAUUUUCUUGCACUUUCUUUACGCGUUGUAUUCGUGGCUCGUCGAUCAGACGAUAUUCAAACAGCCGGAUCCUUGGCAGAAUCGUUCCAUCAACGGAUACAAAAAGUACCGGUUGAAAAAGUUGCCCAACCAUCUUGUGGUGUCCGUAUGCCAGGAGGAAGUUUUCUACGAAUAUCUGGCCAAGUUGCUUGCCUGGGCGUUGUUCCUAGAAGUACCUGUCGUCAGCUUUUAUCACAACGAAAACGGUAUAUCUCCAGAAGAAUUAUUUUUUGCAUUUAGAGAUCAAUACAGUAGUUUGUUGACAAAAGUCAAUUGGGGAUUAGAAUUCAAUGAGAACAUCAAAUUUGAAUCAAAAAAAUGUAUUAAUGGAUAUAAAUGGGAACCAAGAAUUGAAGUCAACAUAUUGACAUCUAAACAUUCUAAAUUACAAUUAGUAAACGCCUUGCGAACUGUGUGCAGCACAGAAGAAGAAUUCUCAGACACUUUAGUCGAGUUUGCGAUUAAUAAAACAUUCCCCAUGAUUGAGCCGGAUUUGGUUGUAAUCUGUGGCAAGUCGUGUACAACAUUUGGUUUAUUACCUUGGCACACUCGUGUCACUGAAUUUUUAACAUUGAAAACACAUUACAAUGUUACAUUUUUGAAGUUUUACAAAUUAUUGGAACAAUACAGCAGAAAUGAACAAAGAUUUGGAAAAUGA